AUCAUGUCAGGAAGGAAAUUAAUCACUUGAAGCAGCUGAAGAGGUUUGUCUUGGAUUAAUUUAAAUUUGGUCUUGAAAGAGGAGAAGGUAGGGAAAACUCGGUAGAAUUUGAACAUCCCGGAAAAAUUAGAGGAUGAAGAGUACGAAAAUUCGGGAAGACCGAUGCUCCGAGGAUAAAAGUUCUGGAAAGGAAAGCUUUGUACUUGAAACAGGGUUUGCAGUACAAGGUCCUGUGUGAGCGGCUGUUAAUGCACCGUGCUGUAAUAAUUGAUUCAAAUUUGGAAAUACCGGAUAACGAGUCUAGUGUGUCAUUGAAGGAUAAUAAAGGAUAUGGAGGAGAUGUGAAUUAUAUUUUAAAUAAUUUUGGAUGUUUUAAUUUUACGGUUAAGACAAUAAAUAAUGCUGAAACAGAAAUGGUUAAUAAUACUAAUAAUGGAGGGGGAAAUUCGACGAGGAAAAGAAAAAUGCCUUCUAAAAAGGAAAAUGGAGGAGGAGAUGAACAAGGGGGAAGUUGUAAUAAUGGUAAUGUUAAUAGUAGUAGUAGAAGAAGUGGUGGUGGUGGAAGGGAUAAUAAAAGACGCAAAGCCCGCGACGAGGCAAAACAAAAUAUAAUUUCUAUAAUUGAAAGUAUUGUUUCUGAUACACCAAAAUCAGAAGAUUCGGUUAAAUCUGAAGCUACUACUAAUGAAGCUGAGAGUGCACACCAAGAAUUGUCUGAUGUUCCUACUCCUACUGAACAAAAUUUAGGUUGA